AGGAGGGAGAAGAGCAGUCGCAAAGCUCCCGUUUUUCUCACAAACAGAACACGUACCGAUCAGCUAACGGCAACGGGGCUGGAAAUACCUUUUGCAAAGGCGAUUCCGACGCGCUUGCUCUAGAGUAACUCCCUGGCAAGGACGUAAAAUUCUCAGACCAGGAGGGAGAGCAGGGGGUCCUGAACUAGCCAAGGUUUAAAGAAGAUAAGACUAAAUAAAAGAUGAUGGAAAUGUCAAAUGAAACUAAGCCCACAUCAUCGCCUCCAGAAUAUUCAGGCCCAGCUUAUUCAGUUCCACAAGUCCAAUAUCCUCAAUAUGGGCUUGCCGUUCCAGUUCAAGCAAAUGCACCGCCACCCAUCAUCUGGAUGCCACCACCACCUCAAAUCCCCAAGUGCCCUCGUGGAUUGGAAUAUUUCAGCCAGCUUGAUCAGAUAAUAAUUGAACAGCAGAUUGAGCUCAUGGAAAUGAUAAGUGGCUUGGAAACUUGUAAUAAGUAUGAAAUAAAAAAUGCCAUGGGGCAUUGGGUAUACUUUGCAGCUGAAGAAAACGAUGACUUCAACUUGAACUGUUACGGCCCUUUGAGAUCGUUUACCAUAAAACUCUUUGACAGUACAAACCAACCAGUCAUGCAAUUGUCCAGGGAUUACCAUUGCUCCAUUUGCUGUUGCCCUUGUAUUUGUUGCCUACAAGAGCUUGAAGUACAGGCACCUCUAGGUAACAUCAUUGGAUAUGUGAAACAAAAGUGGCAUCCAUGCCAUCCAAGAUUUACUCUACAGAAUGAAGCCAGAGAAAAUGUUCUUAAAAUUACUGCAUCUUGUGUGCCUUGCCAAUUCUAUCAGGAUGUUAAUUUCGAGGUGAAAACAGUAGAUGGGAAAACUACAAUUGGAAACAUAGUAAAAAGAUGGACUGGUUUAGCAAGAGAGGCUGCUACAGAUGCAAGCAUUUUUCAUAUCCGCUUUCCAAUGGAUCUUGAUAUUAAUAUGAAAGCAGUCAUAACAGGGGCUUGCUUUCUUAUGGAUUUCAUGUUUUUUGAACGUGGAAACAGAAGGAAUGAUCAUCGACGUAGGCGUUAGUUCAAGUCAGGACAUUAAGAGUCUUAUCACACUGAAUUAAGCUUGCAGGAGGAUUUUUAUUAAAGUUGCUUAUUUCAAUAUUUACAAUCAUACCUUCAACUAUUAUACCAUUUAUGUCAGAAUACUCCAUAUAACUCAAAUUCUUGUCAAAUAUUGAUAUACAGUAUAUUGAUAUCCAUAUAUAAUAAUAAAGAUAUAUAGUAUAUAAAUUUGGCUGAUUUUCACUCCGCAAACAAAUAUACUUCAUUUGCCAUUUUUUACUGCUCUUAUAUAUUAAGAAUUGCCUUCAUGUUUUCCUUUUUUAUUUUCUGUAAUUACACUGUAUAAAAAGAACCAAAGUGGGUAUCUCAAUAUUCAUACAAUUAACAGACAAAUUCAAUAAAGUUGAUAUUUUCUGCUUUGAGUCAUUUA